UAUUUCUUCUCCUCAUUAAGGAGAGGGAACUGUCAUCUGAGUUAGAAAUAUGGAAGCUUGAUUUAAAAGAUCAUUGAUCAUUUAUCUAAUGGAAUUUUUUUUAAAAAAGCAUAUUUUACCUUAUUACAUGCCUUUCUUGUCAUUAUUUGGAUCACUGCCUGUAGUAUGCACUUCAUAGUAAUAAGAAACCUACUUUUAAUUGCAAACAGUCUGGGAAUAGACUAAUAUAAUAGGCCAAAUAACAAGGCAGGGUGAUGUAAAGAUUGUUCAGUAAGGUGUGAUGCUAAACAUAUAUAGUUCUUUUGUUUUAUAAGAGGAUAUUUUGCAUUAUGCCAGGUGGCUUUUUGUCCCAAAUUUUUUAGGUAUAUUGUAAUUUGCAUUCAUUAUCUUUUAUUAACCAUGUUACAUUUAAAUCUCAGUAAAUAUCAAAAAAGAAGACAAUGGGAUGGUGAGCAGAGUAAAAAUGCAUACAAAAUAGCCCCGAAAAAUUUAAAUAAUCUAAAACUAUGAAUACACAAAAGAAUAUUUCAAUGAGUUUUUAAUUAGAUUAUGUAAUUUCUUUAGUUUUUAAAAUAAGCCACUAGCUAAGUUAUUUUCUUUAUUGACUUCAUGAUUAGUCAAGUAUUGUGAUCGCUACAUUGUAUAUACAUAAGCAGGGAUGUGUAUUUGUCUGAGUGCAUGUGUUUGUAUCUCUUAGUAUAUCUGUGUGGAUAUGUAUAUAUUCUUUAAAAAAAAAACAAGCAAAACCCUUUUUUUUUCCAAUAAUGCAAUGGCACUGACUUUAAAUAAAUGUAAUUUCUAAAUAUACCAAUUAUUUUUAUAACAUGACCAUUAAUUUCACUCCUUAUAUGGCAGCAUAUCAGAGAGAGGACAUAGAAGAGAUGAAACCACUCUUUGUUUAAUAUUCUUUAUUUUGACUUUCUUCCACUUCUCCUUGUAGCCAAAAUGAAGACAAAACACUUUGUGCAGAAGAGGGAGAAAAGCAGUUCUUGACUGAGCAGAUGUCUUGCUUUUUCUCACUUUGCCUUUGUGGUAGCGAUGUGGUGUCCUGGACAAAGGCAUGCCUUGGAAUGAGCGAGCCAUCAAGUGAAAAUAAUUUCAGUGAAUAACUGAAGAAGAGAUUAUUUUUUUUUCCUACAUCUUUAUUCUGUGCUGUUCAAUUCCAGUGUUUCCAUCUCACAGUGGUUUGUGAGUCUGAUUUACGGCUUGCUGCCCAUUGUCAGUCCCCUCUUCUUCUCCCUUCUUUUUGGCUUUGUGUGAGCAUCACAUGAGUCAGUAAGGAGUUAAUUUCCAAUGAAUACUGCUAGGAGCUUCUCUGCAGUGUUUCGUGCAAGGUUUUGGUGUUUCGUGCCUGUCACUGCCCCUCUUUCACGCCUCUGUGGGUAUGGAAAUGUUUGGAGACAGAGUGGGGAGCGGGUUGUGGGCUUGGUGCUGCAGCCCCCUGACCGCUGGGUGCAUCGCCCACCGACAGUGCUCCCUCAUGCUCCUGUGCCAUGCGUGACACGCAAUGCUCGGGGGAGCGCAGCAGAGACAGCGCGUCCCAAAUCUGCCCUUCCAGAAAUUUCUCUCCAAAGCCAAGUCCUCCUCCAUCUCAGGGUGGGGGAACCCCAACAGCACCGGGGCCGCUGUAAAAGUGCCAGCUGGAGCAGCGAUAAAAUGUGGAUGACGGCAGCAGUCAGUCAUGUAAUUGUAUUUUGUUGCUGCUGGCUCUUAGGAGUCUUAGAUUUGAUGCCUGAAACCUGUGUGCUGCAUCGAAAAUGGCAGCCAGUCUUUUUCGUGGCACUCUUGCUAAGAGCGUAGCUCUCUGAUAGCCGUGCAUUUUUUUAUCCUCUGUGCAACUCUCAGCAAAGUAAAACACUGGGAAAGGAGCACCCGUGAAGCAAUGAGGAAAGGGAGUGGUUCAGCAUUUUUAGACGAUAAGAUGUAAAAGUUAAUAGCUCAGCAGUUUCAGGGGUUGUUUUGCUUUCUACCUAGAUUUGUUAGUAUGACUUCGAUACGCAGGCUCCCUUUGAGUAGUGAAGCCAGUUCAUGUAUUUGCUGCAAUGCUUAGGCUUUCAAAGCCUGAUUUAUUGGAAAAUAUGGAAAUACCAAUGAUGCAGUGUUUACUAGUCUGUCUGAAAUGGAUAUUAUAACCUCUGAACCUGAAAGAAAAAAUAUGUCAUACUUCCUAAGAUUAUUGCGCUCGGCAGAAUUUCUCUGUGCAUUAUAUUUUCUUUGUAUGUUCAGAAACAGAAAAAUCUAUAGAAUUCAAUGAAACAAAAAAAAAAACCCAAACCUCUGAAAGCCAGCACAGUUGGCACAAAAUACUAUAAUUUUUUUCUCCAAAUGAAAAUUGUUGAAGCAUUUUGUUUCCUUCUAUAAAAAUAUUACAGUUUGGUGGGCUGUUUCAUACCUUAUCAAUCUAUUUGAGCCUGAAAAUAAAUGAGGGAGUAUAACUGAAGCCUUGGUUUUGAAGAGAUUUUGUUAUUUUCUUCCAUGUGGCCAUCAAUUUGGGUGUUAGCUGUCCUUUACUGUCAUUAACCUUAUUGAAAACACUUCCUUUUUGGUUAUUUUCCUUAAUUUUUUUUUUUUACUUUAUUUUGUCUUUCAUCAAAAUAAAUUGCAUUUUUUACCAUAAUCUUCUGAGUUGUCAAACUUGAUCAUCUUUUUUUAGUUAGCUAUAGUGGAAAUACAGGAAAAGUAGAAUACAGACUAGUUUCAUUUGAAAAUAUUUUAUUGUUUAGAAAGUAGUGUUCAAAAGGAAUAAAUUACUCCCCCUUUUAUUAUUCUUUGUUUGUAUUAUGCUUUUAAAUGCCCCUGCAUUAUUCUUUACAAAGGAUGUUUCUUGUGAUUGUUCUUGUAACUGUGUUUGACUGUGUGCUGACAGAAAGCCGUUUUGCCAGUGAUUCAGCAAGAAUCUCAAGCUGAAUCUCCCAGCCACCCUUUUCUUUGGGAUUGUUUGGAGUGGUAACUACAAAAAUUGUUAUUUGUUAUCACUGUUAUUUUUUCUUAACUGUUCAGGCUAGUAUCUCGGCUGCUUGCCAGUUUUAGUUUCAUUUCACUCAGGAAUUAUUUGCUUCAUUCUUACUCCAACCUGCCAAUCCUGCAGCUCAUGUUUGUAACAGGGCUGAACACAUCAAAGGAGUCAGAGCCCCAGGAAGGGGGAAGUAGGGCAGUCCUCAUUGGCACAAAAGGCAAUUAAUUUUAAUUGUUAGAAUUAUUAUUUCCUUAAUCUAUAAGGGAGUUUUAGUAAUGGAAAUUCUGGGAAUUAAGUAAGUAUUUUCAGUGGUAAAUCAUGAGUGUUUGAGAAUAAUAGUUUUUUGUGUGGAGGCUUGGAGCCCUGUCCCAGUCCUGAAAACAAUAUGAGCAAGGCUGCUGGCAUCCCACGAGGGGCACAGGAGGGCUCCGAGCAGUUGGUGCCAUGUUGAACAUGAGGAGUUGUUGUCACAGGGCUGAAUCCACAGAAACUACCAAAGAGGCAGGCCUGCCUGUAACACACAUGCCAAGUACUGGAAUAUUUGCUGUGAAGGAGCAAAGGCUUUAGCUAGAACUGUUUUAAUAACUGUUUCAGAUUAACACCAAACAAAGAAAGGUACUUGUUUUUGCAGUAAUUUGUCCCAGAUGCUAUUUAUUGUGCAUAGGUCUGAAGCUUGCAUUUCAGUGGAAUGAAUAUUUUGGUCAGAGCCAAAAUCAGAAACAGACGGAUGGUAAGGAGGAAGAGCUGCCCCCUUUGGAAGAAAAUGGGGAUCCUUGCAUUUAAUUAGCCAGCCUAAUCUCUUCUCCCCAGUAAGUGAUACGAUCUGUUUCUUUUUUAAAUCGCGUCCUUGUUGUUUGGGUAGUAGUAAAAGUAGUCCAUUCCUUGACCUUCUCCAGUUGUUGUGCAUCCCAAGGUGGGUUGCAGUUGUGCUGCUUCUCUUUACUGCCACGCUGUGGAAAAAGAAGCCUGGCUGGGAUGCUGUACUGUGUUUUCCACAGCAUGGCAGUAAAGCAAAACAUUGCAGCUUUAUUUCACUUACAAGCAGGGUUGGCUCUUCUUUUCUUUCCCCGCGUUUCUUCCCACUCAUACUAAGCAGCCAGUAGAUGUAUCCUUACAGUUUUUAUCUGGUGUAGGGGAUUGAUGUGCUGCUCUUUCCCAUACAGCGUCCAUGUGUUGACUGAAAAAAUCGCUACGUAAAGAAAUGGAUUUUAAAUAAUGUGCUUCUGAUUUAAGCAUGUAGAUGUGAAUUUAACCAUCAGCACCAUAUUGGGAGUCUGUAUGGAAGAGAGUGGUGUUGAGAGUCACAUUUCAGAGCCUGGGACUGAAAGGCAUCACGUGGUAGGAGGAGCAUGCUGAGGGAGGAGAGCCUGAUGCUGUGCAGCACUUGGGCCAGCAUGAAAAUAUUUCUUGAGAGAGGAAGUCUGUUCUGGGGGGAGCAAAUGUGCUUCGACAGAGUCUGCAUGGAGCCAGUAAUUUUUGAUUCUUGAGCCUUGGACUCAUGCCAGGUUAGCUUUUGGUGACCAGCUGGACGGAUUUACUGAAUGACACUUAGAUUCCAGCGAGGCGACUACCACAUCGAUGUCUGCAUCAAUGACUACCUGGAUGUGUUCUGCCCUCACUAUGAAGACUCAGUGCCAGAAGAUAAGACCGAACGCUAUGUUCUGUACAUGGUGAACUUUGAUGGCUACAGCUCCUGUGAUCACACUUCCAAAGGGUUCAAGAGGUGGGAGUGUAAUCGGCCGCAUUCCCCAAAUGGACCAUUGAAGUUCUCGGAAAAGUUCCAGCUCUUCACGCCCUUCUCACUGGGAUUUGAGUUCAGGCCAGGCCGGGAGUAUUUCUACAUCUCUUCUGCGAUCCCAGAUAAUGGAAGGAGAUCCUGCCUAAAGCUUAAGGUGUUUGUGCGACCAGCAAACAGCUGUAUGAAAACUAUAGGUGUUCAUGAUCGUGUUUUCGAUGUUAACGACAAAGUAGAAAAUUCAUUAGAACCAGCAGAUGAUACCGUACAUGAGUCAGCCGAGCCAUCCCGUGGUGAGAACGCGGCACAGACACCAAGGAUACCCAGCCGGCUUUUGGCAACUCUAUUGUUCCUCCUGGCAAUGCUUUUGAUAUUAUAGCACAGUAUGCUCCGGCAACCUGUCACAGAAAAUACCAGGGUCUUGGAACAUCAAAGAUCCACCUAACUGCUCAUCCCAGGAAAGGGACUUUAUUGUUUUUGCAGAUGUCAAAUUGUUAUUUUUCCCUUUUCUUCUCCCUUUUAGCCUGAACUCAGCAAAAAUUUGAAGGGGAUAACUAGCUUCAGCACCCACCCCUACCUACCCUGUGACUUUCUUAACCCUUCCAUAUAAAUAAAAGGACUCCAAAUGAAAAUGCCAAACUAUAAUAGUGACACUAGUGAUUCUUAUUUUCUUCUGCAUUCUCCUUUAAGAAGUCACCUCUGUUAGCUCACUCUGUCAUCCGUAUGUGGACGAGAAAGUGUAGUGGCAGAUGCAGUCAGUGAGGGAUAAGGAAAGUGAAUGAAAACCUGGGAGAGUCUUUCUCUGUGAUACAAUAUUUAUGCCUUCUCGUUCAGCACUGUAAGAUGGUCAUGCAAGGCAUUGUGUCACCAUGUCAGGACUGGAGGGGAGAUAUUAAGAAUAGACAUAACACCAUUUCCUCCAGAAGUUUCUAAAUGAACCGGCUUCUGAAAGGGGAGAAUGAUGUUUCUUAUGGGACUCUCGAAACAUCUUUGACAGUAAAAUUUUUGCUCACAAGUAGAAAUGCUGUCUUUGGUGAGAGGACAAAGUUAGUUUUUAGGAAUGUUAACACACAGCAGGCAAGGUCAGAUUUAGGAAACUUCACUGGGGGUGUGAGUGCCUCUGUUAUUUCGUUUUAAGGGGAUAAUGCACACCGGCUUAUUUUAUUUUAAAACAAAUCACCGUGGUGCUAAAAUUUUUUUCUUGAAAUGCAGAGGCACUUUUGAGAAUAAAGUGACCUUCCCCAGCGCUGACUUAGUAGCUGAUAGCCUUGGAUGCUGCUCUGGGUGUUAAUACAUGCUAAAAGAGGACAUCAAUGGCCAGAGGAAACAUGUUUGGGACACAGGAUCUCCAGUGUUCUCUUGAUUUGUCUCUCCUGUAAGUUCCUCAAUCAUGGGAAUAAAUGACAUGUAGAAGAAACCAGGGCUGUCUAAUAGCAUUGUUUGGUGGGGGAAAAGAAAAGAAGUGUGGAAUAUUAAUUCGAUGUUGAUUUUUUAUCUUUUCCCCUUCCAGCACAGUUUGAAGAGUAGAGGAAACGUGUUUAUCAGCUGGAGAUAAACUAGAUGGGCUCCCAAAGACUUAACAAAAUAUUUUUUUAAAAAUCCACUAGAAUAGAAAAUACAUUAUUUAGAUAUACUUUAUGCUGAGAGUGAGUAUAUAUGCUUGUCCUAUUUAAACAUGAGAGAAGCGGUAACCCUUGAUGCAAUUAGGAAAUGGGACUGUCUUGUUUGAUGGAAUUAGGAGUGACCCUGUUUAAGGAAUCUGAGCCUUGGCUAACAAAACUUUAAGAAGUAAUUUGCCAGGAAGUGCAAGCCUUGGGGUAUUUUUUGGCUAGGCUGCCAUUAAAUUCAGACUGCUAAACAUAAUCAGUGAACUUUCAGAUCCAGACUGAAACAGAGCUUUUCUGACAAAAACUGUGGUAAUUAAGUUAAAGGUGAAACAAAACAUGGGGCAUAUUCAAGAAAAGCAAGAUUUUUCUAUAUUAAUUAUGAAGAAAAUUUCUGCAGUACCAAAAUUGACUGAUGCCAUUAGUGGACACCACUUCAUAGACUUUAUAUUUUUAAAUGAAGACAAGCCUUCCAGAAGUUGAGGCAGGAGAGGGGAAAAUAAAUUUGAUAUGUGAAGGGAGGUUUUAUGCAUGCUGAGCUAUGACCUGGGCUUGCCUGAUAUCAUACAUGUUCAUGAAUACAGGACUAUACUUAUAGGAGGAAUGCAGGAAGUUGGCUCUAGUGUGAAGUGCACAGAAUAAAGAUACACAGUCCAAACAGUGAGGGAAGUCAUCAUCUCAUUACAGGCUGUACAGUACUUUGCUCUCUUUAAGGUGUAUAUACUUGAUAUAUAUACACUGAUACUUUCUCUAGGUAGGAAUUAAAAAGCUUUGGAUAAGGUGAGCUUAAUCAGAAUGCACCUUAUCAAAUGGAUUAUUAACCAGAGUACAGAUAAUAACUGCGUGAUGUGUAACCAUAUUGAAGUGAUUUAUAGUAAUUGCAGGCAGUCACACCGGUAAUGCAAAUUUGAUGUAGAAAAGGUGACAGUUGUCAUCCUUUGUCUCUGAAUGAUGUUGAAGAUGUCCAUUUAGCCACAGCAGAGGACUGUCACUAGCGUUACUCCUGGUGAAACUCACCCUUAAUGUUGUCCCAGAGCCUUGCUGCAUACGUGAGGGGCAGCACAGGCAGUGAUCCCCAGGCUGCCCAGCAUGGCUGGGAGCAGCAUUCCAGGCACUGCCAGUUUCAUACUUGAUGGCAUUAGGCAAUCCCAGUCAUACUAAGUACAUAAAUGUUGGUGGGUUUUGUGUUGUGUUGCAAACCUCUGGAUGCUUUAAAUGCAGGUGUUGCUGAAAAUUAAGGAGUUUGUUGCUCCCUUACCCUUCAUCUGCCCCUGCUCAAGUCUGAGGUACGAUUCUCCCCAGCCUUAAAGGGUUACUUACACCCAUGACCUGCACUCCUGGCUGCCAAGGACAUUGCAAUGUGAAGCAGGAAAAUAGGGAUCAGUCAGUUUAGUGGAUACUGUGUAUCCUUCAAUAGACAAGGUAACAUUUCGUGUUAGUUUAGAAUAUUGUUUUGUACUGUACUUACCUGGAUGGCGAAGGAAAGACAAGUAAAACUUAAAGCUAUGUUCUUUAAAUUCUGUAUUAUUAGCAACCUCUGUUGUAUAUAGUGUUUGAUAAUAAAGUAUUAAUUUGAUUCUUAUGUCUUUUGUAAGUGAGAACAAUAGACUUUCAGGAUAUUAAAAUCACGUGUUGAUUACAAGACAGAGCUUUGAAGUAUCAAGUGUGAUCAUGGCUGAGAACUGAGAGACAAGUGGCCAUGACACUGCAGCAUACAGGACUCAUCUUCGAAAAUCGUUCAUCUGUUGCAAGACUUCACAAUGUCAAGACCUGGAACAACAUGACUUUUGAUGAUCAAUGUUCUAUCCUCGGUGUUUAAAGGUCUUAUGUUGGAGCCCUGUGGUUUCUGUGUUAGUUUUGUUUUUUUGUAUCAUGUUUGUUUCUAAAAAGGCUUUGGGGAUAUUACAGCUUUUCUGUUAUUUUGUUUGUUUGUUUCUUUUUAAUUUGUUUUUUUUUUUUUCCUCCUCUUUUCCUUCUGGAUUUGUUCCCAUGAAUAGUUUUUUCCAGAAGGGAUCUUGCCAGUGUCAUGUGCGGUAUAUGUAUGUACUUGGUUCCAAAAGAACUAGAAACAAAUUUGGGAAGUACUGAGAGUAGUUGAGUAGAUUGUUUCCUUUCCUCUAUAACUAUGGAAGGAAAAUGGUUGUAUUUGUACCUGUUGAUUCCCACCCCUAGCCCUCAAAACUGAACUUAGUUCAUUGCCUUAUGAGUGCAAUGGUUCAGCCACUUUCAGAGGUUUAGAGUAUUAACUCUUCCCCUCUUUUCAUUACACUUGGAUUUUGUAAUCACCAGUUUUAAUGUACAACCCUCCACACUUCUCUUCCCUCUUCCUGCCUUGCCUCCUCUCCCACCCUCCUCCUUUUUUAAUUUGGAGCUGUGAAUGGGCAGAUCUGUUUCUGGUCUGGCAUCACUGAGUUUUUCCCAUGCAUUCGCCCUCGAGCUUCUCAGAUGUGAGACAAAUCUCCCUACAAUAGGCUUGCUGCCAUUGUCUGUACAGUUUAAUAGAUGCUGGCAUGUUGGAGGUUACCCAUGAGUCUGCGAAAUCCGCUUACCAUGCUUACUCUUGACACCCCAUUGAAGACACUCAUUGUGUAUGCAUCUGGGUAUGAAAGUCCAGCUCAGUGUGGUCCUGUGCUUGUACUGCCCUGCUUUGCAGUUUCUUUGCACUUAUUCAUUGAGUGCUGUUUUUGAAAUGCUUACAUUAUAUAAACUUAAAAGAAAAUGUUAAAAAAAAAAAAAUGAAACACCCCCAACGCCCUGCCCCAUAAGAUCUGUAUUUGUAUAUACACGUGUCCGUACAAUUAUACUUAAAUAAAAUUAAAGAUUUUCAUCAUUUUAAUUGGUUCUUUUAGACUACCUUUUUGUUUCAUUAACUGCAUUUUCAUUUUGUGGGCUCUUUGUACCUACCUUGCCCAGAAUCAUAGAAUGGUUGGAGUUGGAAGGGACCAUCAAAGGUCUUCUAGUCCAAUGCCCUUGCAAUGAGCAGGGAUAUCUUCCACUAGAUCAGGUUUCACAGAGCCCCAUCCAAACUGACCUUGAAUGUAUCCAGGGACAGGACAGGAAUUGAGAGGAGUAAGAAUGGGAAUGGAUGAAAAAUCCACAUUACAGGCACAACUGACUACCUAGAGAUGUAACUACCAAUGCCCUGGCAGAUCUCUGCUCUUCACCCUUUUUAAUGUGUUUAAAGCUCUUCCAAAUACUGAAGAGGGUGAGGAGUGGUAUCAGCCAAGUGCUGGUGCAUUACAUCAUCACUUUGCCUUGCUCUGAGCCUUGCAAGUGAUCUUCCUCCCCCGGGUAACAAGUGGUUGUAAGGUGCAACUCUUACUUGAAGAGUAGAGCCAGGCCCAGAGUUGUGCGAAUAGGCCAGGUGCAGUCCCCCUCUUCCCAGGAUGUCCCUCAGACUGGCAAAGUCUGAGAAGUGGUUUUGAAAUGCUAGCCAUAUCUUUCUUUACCAAAAAGGCUCAGAGCAGCC